AUGGAUGAUCCGGCAGGAACUUUGACGCAGGAGUUUUCUCGCAUGGCGACAAGCGAUCGAGAUACUUUAAUCAGGCAAUUCCAACAAAUUCUGGGGGAAGAUCAUGUUUUAUCCCCUCACACAUGUGCAUUUUUUUUGGAUAUGACCAACUGGAAUGUACAAGCAGCACUUGGUGCGUAUUACGACUACGGGACCGUAAAUAGUGUUGGAUUACCGCCUCCGGAGUAUGCAACAGUACUGCCAUCAAUGCAGUUUGUACAAGACAUAACGAUUGGAGAAGGUGAAAGUGUUCCUCCUUCUACGCACUUUGUCAAAACUUGGAGGGUCAGAAAUAACGGUCCUGAAUCAUGGCCACCAGGGACUUAUAUUGGUUUCAUGGAAGGCGAUAAACUUACGAACGUAUUGAAGUCUUGGGUGCAGCCACUGGGUCCUGAAGAGGAGGGUAACAUAAGUGUAGAAAUGGUCAGUCCAGCAACAAAAGGAAUUUAUCAGAGCAGGUGGCAGCUGAAUACCAGUCUUGGAAUCCCUUUUGGAGAAUCGAUAUGGUGCAUUGUCACAGUUGAUGACUGGGGGAUCUUGGACAUUACACAGCAACUAGCUAGUACUCCAAUUGGUUGUGCUUCAAAUCCAAAUAAUAAUGUCAACCCUUUUUCUAGGAGUAUACAUUUUGGAGCUUCAACUGAAAACAAUAAUGAAGGGCAGGAAGAGCCGAACGACAUGUGCGAGGCCAACGAAAGCAUAAGUGAUAGUUCAACGCCUAGUGCCAACGAAGUAAUUUUUGCUACUGUUAAUCGUUUACCACAGGAUUGGUCUACAUCAAAUGUUCUGACUUCUAUGGCUGUUUCUCAGCCGAUCAACAUAUUGAAGUUGGACGAUACUCCUGAUGCUCCACCUUGUACUCCUUGUACUCCACCACCUUAG